AAGAUGCAAUUGCUAGUAUAUCUUAGAUUAAGAUGAAGGGCAUACUUCAAGUUCCUUAUGUCCUUAUUUUGUACAUCCUAGGUUUUUUUAUUCUAAGUGAAGAUUAAGGCGUUUUGGCCUGGCCGCUAAUCCUAGGGCAGUUCGUCGAAGAAAUCAAACAUUUCGUGGGAAGAUUAAGUUGGUCGAUCAAGCCUCAUACCAGUAGUCUUGCUGUGUGUAUGGUCCCAUUCUGGAACGCAGACGUAUAAGGGGUUCGACUUGCUCAUUUCUCCUAGCCGCUACCUCUUCAAACUCAGGCGUGGCUCUCUUUGGUUGCUUGUGGGUGAUUAUUAUGCUGAACAAGGGCAUUUUUCCUGAGCGCGUGGAAGGGUGAAGAGUCCUGGAAGCAUCAGUGCCGUUUCUCUGGACGUAGACUGCUUUGGAGAAAUUAUUGGAGCUUGAUAUGAAGCGUAGCUGCUGUUGUAUGCUCCAGAAGUGGUGAAUGUAAUUGCUGCUAUUUAUCUCAGGUUGAUAAGAGAAAAAUAUGGAUACAGAAAAAGACAACGAGAAUGUGAAUGGCAAGCAGGUCAAGAAAUAUCUGAGAGGAAAGGGUGUGCACUUAAAGGAAAUCAAAGAUAAGAAGCUUAAAGGGCAAUUGGCUGCUAAGGAAGCAUUGUAUGGAAAAUCAGCAAGAAAUGCAGCUAAAGUUGAACAGUGGCUUCUCCCAAGUGAGGGAGGUUACUUGGAGGCAGAAGGCAUAGAGAGGACUAGCAACUUCAGACAGGAAAAUAUUGUUCGUGAGGUUGAUCUCUUAAGUUCAAGAAAGGCAUUUGAUCUCAAGCUACCAGGAUUUGGGCCAUAUGCAGUGGACUACACGUUGAGUGGUCGUCACAUGGUAAUUGCUGGUCGUAAGGGUCAUAUUUCAAUGAUGGAGUGGAAGAAUUUUCAACUCACGAUGGAACUUCAAGUCAGAGAGACAGUGCAUGAUGUGAAGUUCUUACACAAUGAGCUCUUUUUUGCCACUGCUCAAAAAAAGUAUGUUUACAUCUAUGACAAAAAUGGUACAGAAAUUCACUGUCUCAAGGAACAUAGAGAGCCUUUAAGACUUGAAUUUCUAUCCAAACACUUCCUUUUGGCAUCUAUAAGUAAAUCUGGUGUUCUCCGAUAUCAGGACACAAGUACUGGCAAUUUGAUUGCCACUCACAGAACACGACUAGGUCGGUGUGUUGCAAUGCGCAUGAAUCCAUACAAUGCAGUGCUAGGAUUGGGCCACAACAAUGGUACAGUUACAAUGUGGAGCCCCAACAUGGGCACUCCGCUAGUCAGUACACUGUGCCAUCAUGGUCCUGUUACAGCACUGGCAUUUGAUUUGCAAGGACAUCAAAUGGUUACAGCAGGCAAUGAUGGAAGACUACGUAUCUGGGAUUUGAGAAAAUUUUCACCUCUCCAUAGCUACUCUUGUCAUGCAAAAAGUGUGGACAUCAGCCAAAGAGGCUUACUGGCUGUGGGAUGUGGGUCACUAAUUGAAAUUUGGAAGGAUGCACUAAUCACUAAGCAGAACAAGCCAUAUUUGAGACACCGGUUGGCAAAUGGAUCACAGGUACAAGACAUUGGAUUCUGCCCAUAUGAAGAUGUGCUUGCCAUUGGACAUGCUACAGGGAUAUCCUCCAUUCUUGUGCCUGGGUCAGGGGAGCCAAACUUUGACACAUUUGUUGCAAAUCCAUUUGAAACAGUGAAGCAGCGACGUGAAAAAGAGGUUCAUUCACUCCUUGAUAAAUUGCAGCCAGAAAUGAUUAUGUUAGACCCAGAGAGUAUUGGUGCUGUACAACAUACACAAACAGAGAACAUGAAAAUUAAGAGAGAGAAGGCCAGGGAAGCUGACAUGCAGGCAGCCAUUGCUGCUGGUAAAAGUGUUGUUUUGAAGAAUAAAACAAAGGGGAGGAACAAACCAAGCAAACGGUAUAACAAAAAGCAGGAAAACAUUAUUAGAGCAAAAAGGCCACUUGUUGAGGAAAAGUUGAAGAGCGAACAAGCUAAUAAAAGGCCGAAGAUCAGUGAUUUAGAUCUGCCUAAAGCUCUUGAGCGUUUUGUUCGCAAGUGAAAUCCAAAAUUUUGAUUAGUUGUAUGUUCAAUUUUAUCUGCCAUUGCAGUUACUGCACUGUAUGAUGUCAGAUCAGGUAGAUUACAUUUUAAACUAUGAAACUUUGAGACAUUAUACAUAUAGAUUUCUUCUUCAAGUUCUCCAAGGAGAUAUCUAUCUUCAUAUUCAUUUGCUUUCCUUCAA